AUGACUGAAGAACGAAGGCUGGCGAUUCAGCAGCCUGUGGUUCAGCAGCCUGCGGUUGAGCAGCCUGUGGUUGAGCAGCCUGCGGUUGAGCAGCUUGUGGUUGAGCAGCCUGUGGUUGAGCAGCCCGCGGUUGAGCAGCCUGUGGUUCAGCAGCCUGUGGUUCAGCAGCCUAUGGUUGAGAUUUCAGAGGCUGAAGUACCAAAGGACCUAGACUGGGCUAAGUGGAUUAUGCUUCGCGCCAUCUAUUACGACCCUAUUUCCAACAGCAAGCUUGCUAAGGACCAAGGAUUUAGGGCUAACUUUAUGAAGAAUGAGGUGGUGAAAAGAAUUGAAGAACGCUACCCUGGGGUGAGCAUCUUCACUGCAAAGGUACCUGAUAAUCUAUCAGCACCUCGACCUAAUAGUUGGCCUGCAAUUGGUGACACGGAUGGGUUCCAUGCUGUUAAAGAAGAAGCACUGAGUGGUGCUACCCUCCCUCGAAGGGCGAGUGCCGGUGUCAAGCGCAAGCAGAGCAAGUCAAGCCCGGUUGGCCGGGCUACCCCUGCUAAAGUCCCUCGCUUCAGCAGUAUUUUAGGAGAUGCCGACGAAGAGAUUGAAGAAGACAUUUUCUUUGACAACUACCAGAAAGAUCGCCUCGGCUUACAGGGAGAACCUUCAUCAUCUGAACCGCGACUCGUCAGGCAUCAGAUAGACCACGCCACCCGGGACACUUGUAACAAAAUUGAGUCUCAACUGCACACUCUUGACGAACAAGCUCAAAAUCAUCCGGUGUCUGAUGAGAACCGGCUGGUAGCAAAGACCACUGAGCAGGUUAAAAGGGAACUUGGCUUUUCCACGAAGGAGGAUCUUCUGCUACACAUCUGCCAACAGAUCGGGGAUAACAUAGUUGUCCCUAGAAAUACUGGUGUUCUUGAAUACCUUGAAAGUAUGGCUCAUAGUACACUUUCGGAAGAGCCUUCCUUUGAGGCCACUUUUCGGCAUUUUGUCGCCAGUUGGACAAGAUCUAUCACUGAUGCGGUCAAGGCAGAACUAUUCGGUUCAGGUUCAGAUUCAAAAAGUGACGUUCACUACUGGUCUAUGGUAGCCAACGGCCUGCAACGCACAUCAACAUCGAUGAUGGGCCAACUAACACAAACCAUCAAAGAUAUUGACGAAAUGAUGGAAACAUUCACGCCUGAAGUGCUCGCCCAAAGAAUGGAUGAGGAGCUGGUGUCUAAGGUUAUGUCGUCUUACUUCAAUCAGAAUGAUGAGAUUCCCCCUGCGGCCCAACACGUUCUGACCAAGUGGUUCAGCACUUGCACAAAUCAACUCCUUUGUGAAGAGUAUAAGCCUCUUGUGGAAAGAUUGGUUCGAGAAGCAACCCUCAAUAAUCCGGCCUACCUGUCUAAUGAUGCCCAAUUCAUACUCCGCAUCUCGCAACAACUCAAAAAGGAUCACGGCGAAUGGGUUGACGAGAGAAUCCAGCAAAGCGCAACCAAUUUGCUUGAUGAUGCGGGUCACCGAGGUGACAAAGAAGUAAACAGAGUUGCCCAAAAGAUUGAGACUCGCACCCAAAAUGACACUUAUAUCGACAUUGUCAAGGCGCUCAGUGAUUAUCCAGACAUCAAAGCUACUCUCAAACGGGUAUCUGAGCAGGCAAUUGCUGAGGCCAUUGCUAAUGCUCGCCUCGGUGGGAAUAUGGAGCUUACGAUGGAUGAAGCCGUCGGUAGCAGUCACAUGUUGCCAAUGGCUGAUCGAGUGCAUCUUCUUGAACGAGAGAUUCGAGCCUUGAAGAGUGUUGAGGCUCCUUAG